AUAUAUAUAAGACUGCACCGAUGCAUUACCCGCACACCCCACUCUCUCUCUCUCUCUCUCCAUCCUAACCCUCACUCUCUCCCCCCACAUUCCCUCUAUCUCUACCAAAAAAUGUCAGGUCGCGGUGGUGGCCGUGGACGCGGUGGCGGACGAGGCCCACCUCCGUCUACUAGCGUCGGAAGAGGCCGCGGUGGACCCCCGCCCGUACGUCAACCUCCCGUCCCUUCCCAUUACCCUUCGCCUUCUACCACGCCUUCACCCGACUACCCCUCCUUGCCAUCUUCUUCGACGGCGUCGUCUCUCGCCAGAGAGUUCGAUCGUAAGCUGACCCUCCCGUCCACCCCGUCGCCGUCGUCGCCAGCGCCACCACCACCGGUUCCGUCCGUACAGACGCCGGCGCCGUCGCAGGCUCCACAGUUGCCUGUUGUGACGGCGCCGUCGUCGUCGAAGUCGUUACGGCCUCCGGCGAGACCGGGGUUCGGUCGCGCCGGCCGUAAGUGCGUGAUCCGCGCGAACCACUUUCUCGUCGACGUCGUCGACAAGGAUCUACACCACUACGACGUGACUAUAACUCCGGAGGUCACCUCGAAGAAUGUUUGCAGGGAGAUUAUUAGUGAGCUUGUAACAGCGUACCGUGAGUCUCACUUGGGCAAAUGCUGGCCGGCUUAUGAUGGCAGGAAGAGUUUAUACACUGCUGGGUCACUGCCUUUCUCCUCAAAAGACUUUGUUGUCAAGCUAGUUGACAAAGAUCGUAAGGACAGGAGAGAACGCAAAUUUGAUGUGGCAAUCAAGUUUGCUGGCAAAGCAGACCUGCAUCACCUCCAGCAAUUUAUUGGUGGUAUGCAACUUGAUGCCCCGCAAGAAACUCUACAAGUUCUUGACGUUGUCCUCCGAUCAGCGCCCUCCACUAAUUAUGUUGUUGUCGGACGGUCAUUCUUCUCUCCCAGCUUGGGUGAUCCCCCGGGCCCUCUUGGUGAUGGCUUACAAUAUUGGAAAGGUUUUUAUCAAAGCCUUCGGGCAACUCAGAUGGGUCUCUCUCUUAACGUUGACACGUCGGCAAGAGCAUUUUAUGAGCCAGUUAUGGUUUCUCAGUUUGUUGAAGGAAACUGCAAUAUUAGAGAUCUUAGGAGGCCUUUAUCUGAUCAAGAUCGAAUUAGGGUUAAGAAAGCUCUGAAAAAUCUCAGAGUAGAACCUGUUUAUCGGGAGCGCAGGAAAUACAAAAUAUCUGGUGUAUCGGCUCAACCACUAAGUCAAUUAACGUUUUCUAGUGAUGAACUUGGUGCAAAGACGUCAGUUGUUCAGUAUUAUCGUGACAGAUACCAGAUCAAUCUCAGUUAUCCUAAUUUGCCAGCACUUCAAGCUGGCAGUGACGCAAAGCCUGUCUACCUACCAAUGGAGCUUUGUAAGAUCGUUCCAGGACAAAGGUACGUCAAAAAGUUGAAUGAGAAGCAGGUGACUGCAAUGUUAAGGGCGACUUGUCAACGUCCUCCUGAUAGAGAACAAAGUAUCAACAAGAUGGUUGGGUGCAACAAUUACAACAAUGACAAUCUUGUAAAGGAAUUCGGGCUUCGAGUAAAGGUUGAGCCUGCUUCGAUUGAUGCUCGUGUUCUUCCACCUCCGAUGCUUCAGUACCUGGGUAAGCAAGAAGCUCCACAGGUGGGCUGUUGGAAUAUGAUCGAUAAGAAAAUGAUUAAUGGUGGCAAGGUCGCAUUCUGGACCUGUGUCAGCUUCUCACGGUUGAGGGAAAACGAUGUCUAUAGAUUCUGUGAAGAGUUGGUCAACAUGUGCAGGAAUAAAGGGAUGGAUUUCAAUCCUACACCUUUAAUUCCCAUCGAUUCAGCACAUCCUGGUCAAAUUGAGGCUGCUCUCAAAUAUAUUCACGAGCAGUCGAAUGCAGAAAUAUCGAAGCUAGGGCACGCUGGGAAACAACUUCAGUUGUUGAUUAUAAUUUUGCCAGAAGUCAGUGGAUCUUAUGGAACAAUUAAGCGGGUGUGUGAAACAGAGUUAGGAAUCAUCUCCCAGUGUAGUCAGCCUAGACAUGCAAUAAAGUGCAGUAAGCAGUAUCUUGAAAAUCUCUCCCUGAAAAUCAAUGUGAAGGCUGGGGGAAGGAACACUAUGUUAUAUGAUGCGGAUCCCCGUGUGAAGAAAAUUGACCUUCUAACUGAUCUUGUUACAAUAAUAUUUGGUGCUGAUGUUACUCAUCCUCAACCUGGGGAGGAUUCGAGCCCCUCAAUAGCUGCAGUGGUGGCAUCAAUGGACUGGCCCCAGGUAACCAAGUACAGAGGAUUGGUCUCUGCACAAGCCCACAGGGAGGAGAUAAUUAGCGAUCUUUAUACAGUUACUGAGGAUCCUAAUAAAGGAAUAGUUCAUGGUGGAAUGAUCAGGGAGCAGUUAAUUGCUUUUAGGAGAAUAACUGGGCACAAACCGGAUAGAAUACUCUUUUACAGAGAUGGAGUUAGUGAAGGUCAGUUCAGCGAAGUCCUGCUAAGAGAGGUUGAUGCAAUUAGGAAGGCUUGCGUGUCCUUGGAGGCAAACUAUCUACCGCGAAUUACCUUUGUGGUGGUGCAGAAGAGACACCACACCCGCCUUUUUCCUGCUCGACAUGGAGAACGAGGUUCAACGGAUAGGAGUGGCAAUAUUUUACCAGGUACUGUUGUGGACACAAAGAUUUGCCAUCCUACAGAAUUUGACUUCUAUCUUUGCAGCCAUGCUGGUAUUCAGGGAACCAGUCGACCCACGCAUUACCAUGUGCUAUAUGAUGAGAACAGGUUUCCUGCAGACGCCUUGCAGAUACUCACAAACAACUUGUGUUACACGUAUGCAAGGUGUACCCGUUCUGUAUCCGUUGUUCCUCCAGCCUAUUAUGCUCAUUUGGCAGCGUUUCGUGCACGCUACUACAUCGAGGGUCAGAUGUUUGAAGGCGGAUCCAGUAGUGAACGGGGCACGGCUGAAAGGAUUUCGGAGGUCAGGCCGCUGCCUAGGAUCAAGGACAACGUCAAAGACGUGAUGUUCUACUGCUGAGAGAUGGUUUCAAUUGACUGCCCUUGUUAGCAGCAGCAGGGGAUUGAGGGGAUGGGGCCGACUUACGAGGGCACUAGCUCCCAUUUUGACUAAUUUUGACUUUCGUAUUAAUCCUUGUGAUGGUUAUUUAUUAUCACCUUUUGAGGAUGUUGUCUACAUUGUCUCAGAUUUUCCUGCUCGUUGACUUGUUUUUAAAUUAUAUAACUUGUCGUUUUCGCUCUUAUUUUUUUAGACACAACUCGUUUUCAUAGUUGACUUUUUUAUAUGGCUGAUAUCUUCUAUGUUUGUCUUUA